CAGAGGUGUUGAAAGGAGGAAAUGCACUGAUCGGGGAGUGGAAAUUCAGAAGUCCUUAGUGAGCUCUAAUGGGAUGCAACAUUAUGUUACGGUUGCGUUUUUAAUUGGUUGUGUCCUUUAGGGAAUUCUACCUGUUAUUUGGUUUGUUCAGAAUGAAAUCAUUCACCCGUGUUUUGACUCCUCAGUGGUGGCAAACCAGUGGACUCGCAUAACUAGUGUCUUAAUCACUCUGCUCAGAUCAGGAUUAGAGCCUCAUAAAACACUGUUACUGACUGGCUUUUGGAGCUGCUUUGUUUGCUUUUUGGAUAUACAGUAGAUAUGUGGGACAUCCAUUGAUACAAUUUCACUGUAAUAUUUAUAUCCCCAGUGUAUCUGAUGAUGGAAAACCUAACGCCAGAACAAUGGCGCGAGAUUGUGAACAAGAAGUUUCGCUUCCCUCCGGAGCUCCUCGGGGCCAUCCGAGAGGGCAACGUGAACAUGGUCUCUUCGCUGCUGAAGACAGGUGACGGCAUCAUCCGCCAGCUGGACGACUCCGAGGACAGGCUAUGGCGAGAAGCGCUGAACUUGUCCAUCCGACUGGGCAACGAGGACACCAUGGACAACCUUCUCCAAGGAGUCAAGUUUGAUUUCCGGCAGAUUCACGAAGCUCUUCUGGUGGCCGUGGACACCAACCAGCCUCGUGUGGUCAAACGCCUCCUGGAUCGGCUUGAUCUAGAGAAAGGAAACAAGAUGGAUGUGCGCUCUUUCUCAAUGGCCAUUUUUGACCACUCCAUUGAUGAUUCCCAAUUUGCUCCUGGAGUGACACCAUUGACACUGGCCUGUCAGAAGGAUUUAUAUGACAUUGUGACAAUGCUCAAUCAGAAAGGUCAUGAAAUUCCUUGGCCGCAUAAAAUCUCAUGCGUGUGUCUGGAGUGCAGAAACGGUCGUCAGUACGAUUUGCUCAAGUUCUCUUUGUCUCGUAUCAAUACCUACCGAGGAAUUGCCAGCCGUGCUUACCUAUCCAUCACCGCAGAAGAUGCCAUGCUCAGUGCCUUUCGACUCAGCCGGGAUCUCCGCAAGCUGUCUAAAAAGGAACCUGAAUUUAAGCCUCAGUAUCUUGCCCUGGAGCAGUUGUGCCAGGAGUUUGCCGUGGAGCUGCUUGGAAUGUGCCGGAACCAAAGUGAGGUCACCACCAUCCUGAACAGCCUUGGGGAUAAGGAUGAGGACAGCGAGGACGAACUGGACCAGCAGGCAUUUGAGGAGGGCAUCCCAAACCUGGCUCGCUUAAGGCUUGCCGUCAACUAUAAUCAAAAACAAUUUGUAGCCCACCCGAUCUGCCAGCAGGUGCUCUCUUCUAUCUGGUGUGGGAACCUUUCAGGCUGGAGGGGCAGCAGAACGGCCUGGAAGCUCCUGGUGUCUUUUGGGAUCUUCCUGACCAUGCCUAUCCUUUCCCUCAUCUACUGGAUUGCACCGAAGUCAAAGUUGGGAAAGACCCUAAGGAUCCCAGUUAUCAAAUUCCUUCUCCAUUCAGCUUCAUAUAUGUGGUUCCUGAUCACGCUUCUGGGAGAAUCCAUUGCCAUGGAGGUGUAUCGAGACAGCUUUGCCUCUCGUGAGCAGACCAUCCUGCACAACUCCUUCCACAUGGUCUGGGUAGUUGGGUUUUUCUGGUUUGAGUGUAAGGAAAUUUGGAUCGAGGGCUUGAAGAGCUAUUUUCUAGACUGGUGGAACUGUCUGGAUGUGAUGGUUCUUAGCAUGUAUCUGGCUUCAUUCGCCCUGAGAGUGGUCAUCAUGCUCAAGGUCCACUUCCUCUGCCAGUUGCCUGACAAAGAGGAGGAGUGUGUCUACUUCACCGAGACCAUGCGUAAUGAGUGGCAUCAGGAGGAUCCCCAGUUCAUCGCCGAGGUGCUGUUUGCGGUGACCAGCAUGCUGAGUUUCACUCGCCUGGCCUACAUCCUACCAGCACACGAGUCUCUUGGUACCCUGCAGAUCUCCAUUGGAAAGAUGAUUGACGACAUGAUGAGAUUCAUGUUCAUUUUGGUGAUCAUUGGAACUGCCUUCCUGUGUGGCGUCAACAAUAUCUAUGUCCCAUAUAUGAUUUCCCCUAAUCUUGGAAGGUUAAAUGAAACAUUCAGCUUCCUCUUCUGGACUAUGUUUGGUAUGGCUGACCAAACGUAUGUGGACAUGCCUGAGUUUGUUUUGGCUGAGUUUGUUGGCAGAAUCCUUUACGGUAUCUACACCCUGGUCAUUGUCAUUGUACUCCUAAACAUGCUCAUUGCUAUGAUCACCAACUCUUUUCAGAAGAUUGAGGAUGAUGCUGAUGUAGAGUGGAAAUUUGCCCGUUCAAAGCUCUACCUGAGUUACUUCAGAGAAGGACUGACUAUGCCUGUCCCCUUCAACAUCAUCCCCUCUCCAAAGGCCGUUUUCUAUCUUUUGAGAGGAAUUGUCAGACGAAUCUGCUGCUGCUGCUUCAACUGUAACUCUGCUCCAGACUACCCUCCGCUUGCAUCUAUGAAGGAUGACAUGGGUGCAGGGGAGAACCGCAUUCCCUACAGACAGCAGGUCAUCCGCGCUCUGGUUCAGCGCUACAUUGAGUCUGCCAGGAGAGAGUUUGAAGAGACAAAACGCAAAGACGUUGGGAACAGGAUUACAGAGCUGAGCAAAGUGAUCGGCCAGCUACACACUGAAAUGAAACACAUUCAAAUGAACCUGUUUGACCACUCAGACAACCCCAAAGGAAACCCGUCAGGAGGAUCUUCUUUCCUGGGAAAGUACAUCCUUGGAGCCAAAAACAACUUUAGGGGCUUCAACAGCAAUGAGAGAAGCACUGUUCCAUUACAUGAGCCUAUACUCCAUGAAGAACCAGCGGAGAAGACUGUGGAAGAGAAUGAUGAAGAGACUGCAGACGUGCAGGAGUCACCGCCCGCUGAUACAGAGCCAGACAGGAAGUCAAAUGAAGAGCAAAGUAGUGAGGGAGAAAUAGAUAAUGCUGUGGAAGACAUGAAUGAGACUGAGGGGGGAGAAGAAGAGGGGGACGUGGAGACAGGAAAUGAUGAUGUCACUGAGAUUAGCAUGGAUGAAGAGAAGGAGGAGGAGGCUGAAAAGAAUACAGAUGCAGAGAAUACAAGCGAGACAGUUAUAGAUAUAGAGUCCAACACAGAUGCUGAAAGUGAAGCUAGUGGGAACAGAGAAGAUGAGAUGAUAGCGGAGGAAGUGAAUGAUAAUACAGAUGAGGCGACAGGAGAAACAGAUCAAAAUGAAGCAGAAACUGAGGAAAAUGGAGAGGUUGAGGAAAGUAGUGGAACGACAGAAGAUAUAAAUGAGGACAUAGUUGACGUCAUCAGUGAGAAUACAGGUGAGGGCAUCAAGAUUGACCUGAAUAAAGCAAACCUAGUGAGUUUCUUAGCAAAGAGGAUAGAGGAAAAGCUAGAAAGGAAUUUCAGUUUCAUUGCAAACCAAGCAUCAUCUCCAACUGGCAGCGAUGACUCCCAAGACACCGGUUUCGGUUCUCAAGAAUUUGACCUCUCAACUAGCGGUCCUUAAAAUUGAAAUCAGUUUGUAUAAGAUUAGUUCAAAAUGACUAGCUUAUGAGAACCAUGAACCUAGCUCAGAGCAUUUUUAGUGUUGAAAGAUAAUAAAACGCUUUGUUGCAAUGGCCUCAGAAAAUAUUUGGACACUCUUGUCACACAAAAUAUCAAACCAAGUCGCACCUGAAAACAAAUGAAUCUGGAGCUUUAAACUUUUUUAUAAAAGUAACUUAGUGAAUGUUUAGAGUCUGUUCACACAUUCAUAGUUCAUCACAUUAACUAUCGUUUUAGCAUUUAAAAGUUUACAAACCCUGCGUUCCAUUCGGAAGGGCUCAUCCCUAUGUCCUAUUUCCUUCAAAGGGCUUACCCUUUGGAGUGAGAGCUUCGAAAGGGUUGAAGGGUGUAGGGGACCAAACUGCAGUUUCAAGUGCAUUUCGCCAUCCAUUUCAUCAUACCAUGCCCAUAUGGAGAUGCUGUCACCAUGCAAAGAAUCAUGGGGACCGAAGUGUCCAUCAGUUAUACUCUUCAAAAUCUUUUAUUCGCCUUGAAGUGCCCAGUAUUGAGCACUUUGAUUUGGAGCGAUGCUUCAAAAUGGCGGCCAUGAUUGUUUUCACUUUUAAGUGUUCUUUGGAGGGCGAUAUAACUCGUUUGGAACGCACUGAAAGUCUUUUCUGAAGAUUUCUGAGAAAUCUGCCAAUGGGCGAGACUUCAGGUUCAUUAGCUGAGAAGAAUAACAACGUGCAAUAAACAGUAAAACUGUUUGCAUUACAAACUAGUGUGUUCAUAAUUAAGAUUAUGUAUGUAUUCAAUUAAUGCAUUAAAACAAUAUGGUAAGACACACCAAUUUGCAAUAUCAAGCAAUAAAACAAGCUGUUUUGUACAGCUAAAAAUAACUGAAUGUGGAUUAAACAGGAAGCCAGAUCCAUAAAGUGCCUGCUUUUGCUUGCAGGGUUGCCAGGUUUUCACAAUAAAACCUGCCCAAUUUCCACUUAAAACUAGCCCAGUUGUGUUUCACUGCGGGGAUUCCACUCGUAAAAAUCGUAGGGUUGAAAUACAAGUUUUUUUUGGAACAGUUCCCGUAGUAAAAUCUGAGAUUUUCUCACUAUUGGGAUAUGAGAGGGUCUGUCUUUCUUACUAUUGGAGAAAGUGUAACAGCUAACUUGGAUCACAUGUCCCUUAAUAACCAAUUACAUUAGAGCCUUGACAUCAUUGAAUUCCAGUUCAGAGUUGUGCGACACUCAAUCGCCGUUUACAGACACCAUAGGAAAAAAUAGAAAGUGUCGUAAGCUGAAUAUCACCUGUCGCAAAAAGUCUGUGACUUCUCUUAUAAAACUGUUUUUUUGGUGUAAACUCUAAAAAUAGUUCAAUUCAAAACUAUUGUUUAGAAGAUAGGCUGUCUAUUCAAUAAACGAUAAGCUAUUUCCUCAAAAAAAGCUGUUUAUUCAGUGUAGUGAAGGCUUUCCUCCAUUGACAUCCAUUCAAAGAAAACUCCCUCUGGUCUUUCCCAGACCGGAAGCAUUAGCUUUAGCUGUUUUUAUGCUUUACGCUUUUUUGGCUAAAGGUUGCAGGCUUACCUUUUAUUGGCUUUGGUAAAAUUCACAUUCCAGGAGCUGAAUCUUACAACUGCGGAUAUGAGAAACAACCCACGGCAAGUGUUAAAGUAACUUAGCCCAAUUGUACUGGAAAACCGCAGACCUGGCAACGCUGCUUGCAGGAAAAAUAAGGUGGAUAAUGCCUGCUAUGAAUUCAGCUAUGCCAUGACAGGAAAAAAAUACAUUUCUAAAAACAUUAACAUAGAAAAUAAGUUUUAAACUGUAAAUUUCACAAUAUGACUUUUUUUUUUUUUUUUUGCUUCCCUUAAAUUUUUCAACAGCGGUCUGUUUUUAAGUGUACAUUAUGUGACAAAAUACUUUUUGAGGCCAUUGUAUAUAUCAUGUAAUGAACUUUGAGAGAAGCACAGGUCUGUUGUUGGUCCUCUGAAACUGUAAAAUAAUUUGUAAAUCAUGUAGAUUAAGUCAUUGUUGAAGAAAGUCAUGUCGUUAUUAAAAUCCAUAGAGCACCAUUCCAUAAUAUUGUACUCAUAAUAAAUAUGCAAUGUCAUAAUAGAAAUUGAUUUCUA